AUGGGGGAUAUGAAGGAGCACCCCCUCCUGACGAGGUUUCCCGAUGACGCCAAAUGGGCACUGUUCGGCGACUCGACAUUGCACGGGCAAUGCUCAGUGCGCAACAUUCCCAACGACGAAGCCAGCCGGAGUGACAUGAUACGUCUUCUACAGAAAUACCAGCAGAAGCACGUCACCGAAGUUAGGAAAAUUCCCUGGUGCCGCAGUCCUGAAUUUGCCACUGGCAGUGAAAAACGUGAGCACUUGGCAAUGUAUUCUACCUACCUAAUAGUACGGGUCAAAGACAAGAGUUGCUCGGACGGGACGGUUUUUAGGAAGGACUUCAGCCUUCUCGACAAGGAGGGAUCAAUCUAUGUUGUUGCCUUCAAGGAGAUACCGACUUGCACCUGUUCAUCACAAUCCAAGAAUCAUAUACCGGCUGUCACCAUGGCCAGACCUCUCGUCACAGGUGCCACUACUACCGCGACUAUCGCCUCAGCACCACCUGCACCGACAACGAAUCUUGUCCAUAAAUCCAUCGAGCGCAAGGAUAAAGACGAUCAUGACAUGAAAAGCUCGAACCCAUCCAAAGAAAAGGACGGUCGAGACACUCAAGUCGAGAACAAUCCCACGUUGAACGAAGGCACUUCCCAAUUUGUACAACCGCCAGCAACUUUCUACUCCUUGUCAUCCAAGUUUCCAACUUCUUCUCGAUCUGCUCUCAGCCAGCAAGAGCUCCUGCCUUCUGCCAGUCCCCAACAACUCUCUCAAGCGUCUAAAGACGGAAACCCUCAAGCCAAGGACUCUAUUUCCAUUCCUGCUGUACAUCCACAGAGGAGCAUGUCUGUUCCGCUCACGAGUAAUCCCUCGCCUAUGCAGAUGGAGCUGAAGCAGCAUAAGGCACAAGAGCGAGCAGAAAAGUCACUACGGGGUGUUUCCCAAGACUUUAGUUCGGCUUUGGUCAAGUCCUUGUCUUCUGUUCCUUCAGUUUACCAUCCAAACUCGAACGCCUCCGCUCCUCGAGCCCCCACUCCUGAACAAGCCGGUCUGACACCGGUCCUCCCAGCUGAUGGCGUUGAUGCUCACAAUUCUGCUGCUACCACUGCAGCCGUCACUGCCCAGACCGCUCCUCCUGUUUCUCCUGACGACAUCUCAGGUGAUCUCGGUUGUUCUUCGCCAGUUAGUAACAAAGAUGCCGAUGUUCUCAAAAGGCAAGCAGCCAGGUUGGUGCGGAAGUGCCGUCAUCUCGAAAGGAAAUCGGCUCGCAUUGAGAAGCACUUGAAACGCGGAAUGGAUAAGAUUGACAGGGAGUACAAGCUAGAGCUCAUGAUGCUUAAGGAGAAGCGCAAGAUCAAGUACAUGAAAAUUGAAAAGAAAUGGGAGCAUGAUAUGAAGGGACUCAAGCAUCAGAGAGAGAAGUUCGAAGAGAAGUUGAAGGAUUUGGACUGA